UUGGUGCGCGGCGAGAGCGGAAUGUGCAGAGGCGCUCUGUGCACGCCCAGAGGCGCUCUUGACGCUUUUGUUUUCAAACUGUUAUUAUUCUUUCGCAGGUGCCGGAGCGGUGUGGAAACCUGGCCUGAAUCCAGGCGGGGUGGGAGGAGAGGAGGACCGGCUCACUGGCUGGCUAGCUGCGGUUUCUGGCCGCCUCCGUGGGAGGGGCGAAGGAUUUCCUCCCCCCCCUUCCUCCCGUUCCCACGGCUGCAUCCAGCCUGCGCCAUCUGAAACUGGUCAGGGUGUACGAGGCUCGCUCUCAACUGCUCCCUGCAGGGCUGACCAGACCAGGCUGCAGAAAACCAGAAUGGCACAGUCUCAGAGGAGGUGAUCUCUGAGACACCACACACACACCGCUAUCCCUCCAAGGCGGUCCUCCGGCCUGAAGCGGUGGCUUCUUGACCCAGCCGCAGCAGCCCUUGCAAGGGUAUCGGCUACCACCGGCGACGCAGGCCCUGCCCUGGAACUCGGUCCCUCCAGCAGAGAGGGUGAGGGUUCUGCUACAGCCUGGCUGGAGGUUGAAUUUGGCCCUGGUCCCUGUUGAAGGCUUUCUCCCCUCUGAGGCCCAGGCAUCCCCUGCAAAGGGGCCAGUCAGCCGCUCCCCUUCCUGCAGCGGCUCCUGGAGCCUUGCUUCUGCAGCAAAAAGACCAGUUGAGGCUAGGCCGGAGGGGGAAUCUCAGAGAAUAAAGGUGCACAUUGAAUGAAAAGGCAGGAGGGUCUUCACUCUGUUUGACCGAAGGCACAUAGGGAGAUCCAGCCGUUGGUUCCUGAGGCUUUUCCUGCGUUGGUGAUACCCUGACCACCACCAAGGUGGCCUGAGCUUCUCACGUUUAUCUGCUGUUGGUGGUGUUUGGAAGGAGUGGAAUAUUUCCCCACCCCACCGGCAGAGUCAGACACCGUGCUCGCUUUUGCUUUCUUUCCACAAGAUUGCUUUCUACAACUCGCUUUUGGUAUCUUUCUACAAGAUAGGCUGGUCCUGGAGAGAAAGGUGAUAAACUCGCAUUGUGCAAGGCCUCGGCUCAGGAAAGUGGCUCGGCUCUGCGUUUCGAGCCCCAAAGGAUCAGGCUGGGGUUGAGGAUGUGGCCUUCCAAAGCUCUGUGAAAUGGGGGUCAUGCUGCGAGCCCCAGAGGUGCCCCCGAACCAAUGAAGAGCACACCUGCCUGGUGACCCGGCGUGUCUCUCAUGCCAGCUCUGCAGGAUCCGGCACCAUGGCGCGGCCUGGCCCAGGGACUCUGGUCUUGGCCAAUGGACUGGGCUUCCCUCCCAACAACAUGGCCCGUGUCGUGGUGUGGGAGUGGCUGAAUGAGCACGGGCGCUGGCGGCCCUACACGGCAGCGGUUUGCCACCAUAUUGAGAAUGUCCUGAAAGAGGAUGCCCGCGGCAGUGUCGUUUUAGGACAGGUGGAUGCCCAGCUGUCUCCAUACAUCAUUGACCUGCAGUCUAUGCACCAGUUCCGUCAGGACACAGGAACAAUGCGACCCGUGCGAAGGAACUUUUAUGACCCUUCCUCUGCUCCAGGCAAGGGGAUUGUGUGGGAAUGGGAAAACGACAACAACUCCUGGACGCCGUAUGACAUGGACAUCUGCAUCACCAUCCAGAAUGCUUAUGAGAAGCAACACCCUUGGCUGGACCUCUCCUCGCUGGGAUUUUGCUACUUGAUCUACUUCAACAGCAUGUCUCAGGUGAACCGUCAGACGCAGAGGAAACGCCGCCUACGGAGGCGUAUGGACUUGGCCUACCCACUCACCAUGGGCUCCAUCCCCAAGUCCCAAUCCUGGCCAGUAGGGACCAAUUCUGGGCACCCUUGUUCAUGUCAGCAGUGCCUGCUGGUCAACAGCACCCGGGCUGCCUCCAAUGCCAUCUUGGCCUCCCAGCGCAGGAAGGUGUAUUCGGGGAAUGGCAAUGGGACGUUGGCUGUCCGUCAGAGUAAUACGUUCAGUGGGACUGCGAUGUGGUCUCUGGGCACCGUGCAAGCUGGCGGGUCAGCCAAAAUUGAGCAGGUCCGUUCAGGCAACGGGAUGCAAGUGGCCACCUUUUCGCGGAGCCAGAGUGCUCCCAGCAACACCCAGCUCCCUGGCCAAAACAACCUGAACCGGCCUGGUACACAGCGAGUGGCCAUCUUGAGUACCAGGGCAUCCAUCCCACCAGGGGUUCCUGCCCUCCCUGUCAAGAACCUUAAUGGGACUGGUCCGGUACACCCUGCCUUGGCCGGAAUGACAGGCAUCUUGAUGUGUGCUGCAGGCCUGCCUGUCUGUCUCACUCGAGCCCCAAAACCCAUCUUGCACCCGCCACCCGUCAACAAGAGCGACAUGAAGCCAGUGCCUGGGAUUACCGGGAUCUGCCGGAAGACCAAGAAGAAACAUCUGAAAAAAAGCAAGAACCCAGAAGUUGUAGUGUGGCACUACAUCCAGAAGGUGAAGAACCCCCCAGAUGAGGACUGCACAAUCUGCAUGGAGAGACUGGCGUCCUCAUCGGGCUACGAGGGGAUCCUCAGGCACAAAGGUGCCAAGCCAGAGCUGGUGGGAAAGCUGGGGAAAUGUGGGCACCUGUACCACCUCCUCUGCCUGGUUGCUAUGUACAACAACGGCAACAAGGAUGGUAGCCUGCAGUGCCCCACAUGCAAGGCCAUCUAUGGGGAGAAGACCGGGACUCAGCCCCCUGGGAAGAUGGAGUUCCACAUUAUCCCACACUCGCUCCCUGGCUACGGGGACUGCAAAACCAUCCGCAUCGUGUAUGACAUUCCUACAGGGAUCCAGGGGCCAGAGCACCCAAAUCCUGGGAAAAAGUUUACUGCGCGAGGCUUCCCCCGUCACUGUUAUCUUCCUAACAACGAGAAAGGCAGAAAGAUCUUGAAACUCCUGAUCAUGGCAUGGGAACGCCGGCUCAUCUUUACCAUUGGGACGUCCAACACGACGGGAGAAUCCGACACCGUGGUGUGGAAUGAGAUCCACCACAAGACCGAAUUUGGGUCUAACCUCACCGGGCACGGGUACCCUGACCCAAACUACCUGGACAACGUCCUGGCAGAACUGAUGGCCCAGGGGGUCUCGGAAGCCAACUGAGGAGGCGUCGCUGAGCUCUCCCUCGUGUCUCCCGCCACCCACACUUUUGUCACGUGCCGCGUGAAAGCACGAACACUGCCUGAGUCCGUCUGUCUGUGCGUGUGCGUGUGUGCGCAUCUCUGUUGAUCAGCUCUCCACCAGCAUUCAGGAUAAACCUGCCUCUCGCGUUGCUUCUGUAGCCUUGACUUCUCAUGAUCUUCACACGGCAAUGUCAAGUGUGGCUGAAGGAGGCUGUGGGACACUCCUCUGGGGCCAGGAUCGCCUAGAUCAUCUCUAAUUUCUCCCCUACUGGAAGGCCAGCAGGAAGACCACACACAGCUGCGCAAGUGAGCAAGCGAUGCAAACACUCUGCGUUUCUUUUCUUUUUACAUAUAAUGUAUGCACACACACCCCUAUAUAUUCUUGGCAGUCUGCAAUAUUCCUCUCAUCCCGACUGUAUAUGCGUGCACAUGAGACACUCUGUAUUACGUAUCUGCCACUCUGUAACAGGAUCGUAUGUAACAGAGGAGAUCUAUGAAGCCGAGUGUACAAGGGUUGGCCCUCCUGCUUCUCUGCCCCUGCUUUCUCUCUUGGUUCUGCUCCUCCUUUUUCUUCACUCCCCUCCGCAUGGGAGCUCUGAAGGGAAUACUCCACACUGUCCCCCCUCCCUCAGACCUAUACACACGCCUUCUCCUGCUCUGUUCAUGUUCAGCGAGGACUUUUUUUUUUAGAGUAGAAAAAGAAUUAAGCAAAGGAAGAAUUGACCGAGGUGUAUAAAAUGAUGCAGGGUGCAGGGAAAGUCAAAGGAGAGAGGAUGUUUUUUUUUUCCCCUCUCAUAAUAGUAGAACCUGGGUCCAUCCAUGUUGGGAGAUUCAGAACAGGUGAAAGGAAGUCAAACGGCACGUCGUAAAACCACAGAAUUAGCUUCCUUCCCGCUCUUGUCCCCAUCCCCGUGAGCGGCUUUGCAGCCUUGGAUCGCUCAGGCCCCCAUCCCACCCCCAAGUUUGCAACUUGAAUUGCUCUUUCUGCAGAUCCAGCAGAAAUGGGAGGGUUCAAGAGAAGGCAAUGUGCCCGUCAGGGCUGGAUUCACCAAUAUGCUCCAUAAUCUGCAGAGUAAGGUCCCUGCUGUCUGGGGCGUUCCCAGGCACAGUGUGUGCUGAUCCUGCUGUAAACUCAUUCCACAUUCUUGCUGCUCAUAACUCAUGCCUGCUCUUUAUUGAAAGACAAAGAAAAGGGAGCUGUGGCGUUUUUUGUUUCUUGGUUUGUUUGUUUCCCCCCCCCCCACUUUCCCUGCAAGGCAGAUCUGCGCUGCGGCAGAGCUCACUGUGUGCGAUAGUGUCAGCCGAUAACAUGAAUGGGUCCACCCAAAGUCUCCCUAUUGGGAAAGGGCCGUAGCUCAGUGAUAAGACCAUCUGCCUCGUAUGCAGAUGGACCCAGGUUCAAUCCCCAGCAGCAUCUCCAGCAGGGCUGGGAGAGACUCCCUGCCUGAAACCCUGGAGAGCAGCUGCCGGUCAGUGUAGACAUUACUGAGCUAGUUGGACCAAUGGUCUGACUCAAUACAGCGAAGGGCCGUAGCUUAGUGGCAGGGCAUCUGCCUUGCGCGCAGAAGGCCUCAGGUUCAAUCCCCGGCAUCUCGAGUUAGGGCUAACCUUAGAGAGCUGCUGCCAGUCAGUGUAGACAUUACUGCGCUAGAUGUACCAAUGGUCUGACUCAGUAUAAGUCAGCUUCCUCUGUUCCUCACCCCUGCUAAGUGCCUGGUGUCAUUAUGUAGCCUGGGACCCACCUCUGAAACAUUUAUUGUGGAUGGCGAAGGGUGGGGGAAAGAAAUUUGGUUUGGUGAACGUUAGCGUAACAAAUCCACGCUUCUUGAAACAGUAUGCACACCGGAAGGCUGCUAUCCUUUCAAAUUCACCAUUCUCCAAAGUUUGCAAUGCAGUUCCCCAACCCAAAAAAAUGUGUACAGAAGUGUGAGUAGGAAGGGGAAGUUGGCAGAAAAAUGCACCCAUUAGUGAAAGUCACAUGCUAAAAUGCAUUGUUUUAGGCAACAUUGCUUGCAAAAAAAAUUGCAAGGGAUAAUUGCCUUUAAAAAUGUCCAUUAGAAGGAAUGCACACUAAAAUGCUCAUGAGCUUUCUUUUAAUUGAACUGUGGGGUACUAGAGUUAAAACUGGAAAAAUAAGAAGCCAAACUGAACAGAUUUCUCCAUCCCUAGAAUGGAGUUCCCAAAGUUCAGUCCCACUGUCAGUUUGAGACAAAAAUACUUCCCAGGGUGCAACUACAGAUGUAAAAAGGCAUUGUUUUCUACUCCACCCAGUAUUCAUCAUAUGCAGCUCUGUUUCCAUUCUGCUGCAGUUCAUCUUCUACCAAAAACAAUGUUAUUUCUUCACUGUCCGCUGCGGCAAAAUGAUGUACCUUCCGUAAUGUACGCAAGUCAUUACGCUCAUAAUUCAUUCCAUCCCAUUACAUAAUUCAUUACCUAAAUUAUGCUGCCAUUAUAUUAUUCCAGCCCCUUGUUGGCAGUGCAAAGGCCACACAGUGCAAAUGUGGGGGCAGGGAGCAUAACCAAUUAUACAUCAUUUGCAGACUGAAAGCGACAGCAGCAGCGAAUACUGAUUUCCAUACCGGACAUGGGAUAAGCAAACAAACAUGGGCAAUUUCCACGUCCCAUUCCAUUUUCGUUCGGAUUCUCUGACAUCCCUACUUGCAACCUGGAGAUUUGUGCUGCAUCUUUAAAACCACAUACACAGAGAGAGAGCAAGUUUUCCUGCCUGUUCUUUUCCUGCUCCUGCUGUGCUGUACACCUGGAGUGAUUACCUCACUCCACAUCAAAAUUGCUAUUUCUAGUGCUAUGACAACCCCCCACUCUGCCCCAGCUGGUCUCAUUUGAUGUAGGGGAAUCAGCAUGGCUUGAUCUCAUCAUCAUCAUCAUCUUAUACUAAAGAAAUCUCAAGGCGACUCACAACGAGAAAAAAAGUGCAAUCAUCCAUCCAUUCAUUCAUCAUUGGCGCUCAGUCAUGUCUUGAGUAAGAUUGUCUUCCAAAAUAAGGUCUUUAAUGGUGACUGUGGAGGCCAAUUCUAGAUCCACACAGCCUCCCACAGUGAGGGCCUAGGUUUCCAGAUGGAAGACAGUCGCAAUGAGGAUUUGCUUGACAUGCCUUCCGCUUAGCUCGUUUGUCCCUUUCACCCUGUACUCGUGCUUCUUCAAAGUCCGUAGCACCUUUGACAAUAGCCGUCCUCCAAAUGAGACGCUCAUGGGCCAAAACUUCCCAGUUCUCGAUGCUCAUGUUCCUUUUUUUCCAAUUAUCUUUAAGAACAUCUUUAAACCUCUUUUGCUGUCCACCGACAUUCCAUUAUCCAUCCUUAAGUUGGGAGUAAAGUAGCUGCUUUGAAAUAUGGUAAUCGAGAGCCAGUGUGGUGUAGUGGUUAAGGUGUUGGACUACGACUUGGGAGACCUGGGUUUGAAUCCCCACACAGCUGUAAAGCUCACUGGGAGACCUUGGGCCAGUCACUGCCUCUCAGCCUCACAGGGAGGCAAUGGUUAAGCCCCCUCUGAAUACCACUUACCAUGAAAACCCUAUUCGUAGGGUCACCAUAAGUCGGGAUCGACUUGAAGGCAGUCCAUUUCCAUUUCAAUCAGGCAUCAGAAGUGCAUAAAAGAUUAAAACUGGAUGAGCAUAAUAGGUGAUCCAAAAAUAAUUUUCAAGCAAUCAAAAAGACCCCCCAUCACACACACCCCAACAGUAAAAUGAUUGCCAUAAAACUGUUGGCCAAAAAUAUCAGAGGGCAUCAAGAACAAAAUUAACAAUCAAAAGUCCAGGAAUUGCUGUAGCCCCUGCUUUGCAUGCAGAAGGUCCCAGGUUCAACCCCCGGCAUCUCCAGGUAGGGCUGGGAGGGACUUCCUGUCUGAAACCUUGGAGAGCUGCUGCCAGUCAGUGUAGACAAUGCUGAGCUAGGCAGACCAAUGGUCUGACUCAGAAUAAGGCAGCCUUGGAUGUUCCUAAGGGAAGAGGAGAGUGUCUUGCUCUUGCUGAAAAGAGGGGAGAGCGUUCCAUAAAUUAGGGCCAGGAUUCCCUUUUGGACAACCUCCUGGGGGCCACAUUCCAGCAGUAGGUGGGGGCAGAGGCAAAAAGUGGGUGGAGCACUGGAUGUGACUCUUGCCUUGCUACUGUAAACUUCAUUUCACCAUGUAAAAAUCAGGGGCCUUGACACAUACACACACACGCACCCCUCCCCAUCCUUCAUCCAAGCAAGCAGGAGGCAUUUUCACAGUUUUGAAGACCCAUUUCAGCCUGGCAAGAGCCCUUGAGGAGGGUGUGGAGCAGAGUCAGUGAAGGGUGUGGCCAGAGGAGGAUGCACACUUGGGAGAGUCAUGGAGGCCAGAUAGAAAGCCCUGGAGGGCCUCAUUCACCCCCCCUUUUGAUGAGGAUGGAGUAGGGAAGCAGAGCCCCGACAUUUUAAUCCCCGUUUGCAGAUGUGCUAAUAGCAGGCAAGUGUGCAUGAAAGAUAAGAUGCACCUGGUCUCCCACGCAAAGGCUUCAUCUCUAACUACCUGCACUGACAUUUUGAAAAGGUAUUCCCAACAUUUCCACAAAGGGCAAACUAAAGACAACAAAAAUAGCAUUCAGCAGGGACAAGUACCAGAAAGUAGGGACUAGGCCUCAAAACAUGUCGGACACCUUUUGGAAGACGUGGGCACAGUGCGCAUACUGACCAGCAGCCGUCAGAGUCUUGCAGGAGCAUGGAUGCCGUGACCACAGUUCACCAACCUGGCCCCCUCUCAUUUUGGCAUUUAUUUAUUUUUAAAGACUAUUUAUUGCUUUUCACACACAAAAAAAGUUCUCAAAACUGCUUACAUCUCAAAAGACGGCUCAGGAACACGUUUUGAUAAAAAUCGUUUACAGUCUCAGGAGGGGCAGGCUUUCACAGGUAGACCUAUGAAAAACAGGAAGGACCUACCCGUGCAAUAAAUGGAGGCAGGGGCACUACUGAGAAGGCCCUCACUUGUUGCCACCCUCUGCACAUCAGCUGGAGAGGGCACUUGGAAGAUGACUACAAAGGAUGGCUUAUCUGGAUGUGUCCAGUUAGUCACACAAGAAGAGGCGUUCUGUGUUGUAUUCGGGUCCUGAGCCGCUGUGAACCAGGGCUUAGCAUUACAGUAGCCCGCUCUUUUUGCUGUUGUUUAAUAGCGAGAAUUUGUCCCUGGCGCAAGGGGAUCAGCAAGAAGGAGUGCUUCUGAGGACGUGCCAAGUGCCUUUCUCUCUCCACUGGGAAACCGCAGCCUACCCUAGGCACACCCACACGCUGGCAGCUAAGUUGGAAGGGGUUCCAGGGCACAAAUUCCAAUAAGUAGCCCUCUCCUUUUAGAAAUGAAUCGCUUGGCGUUAGCACCAGCGUGAUCCUCCUUAAGCCAGAUGAAGAGGGUAACAGAUGCCUUGUGCCCUGUUCCUCCCUCCUCACUGUUUCUCUAACAGGUAGGAUCCAGUUUGUUAUCAGAAAGCGUUGUUUCGCAGACUUUUGGAGUGCUGAGCUGGCUUUUACAUCCCUGAAAGGCUGUCAUUUAAAGUGUGUAAGAAUCACCCACCUUUGGAGGAGUCCACCUGUUGUGUUACUGGGUGAGUCACUGUUCCAGGCCUGUUGUGUAUCUCUGUAUUGUGCAACAAUCCCUAUGGAGAGUCCUGAGGGCCUCACUCAGUUCCCAGGCCUGAGGUUCUUCACACACACCCCAUUCUAUGGUUUGCUCUUCUUCCCCACCCCAUCCGAAGACCCACUUUUGCCCUGUAAAAUAUGGCUGCUCCUUUUGAACUUGCUGCUCUACCCAACUCUUUCACCCCCUGCAGGAUGCCUUGCCCCCUUCUUGACAGCAACAGGCAGCUUUUUUAAAUAGUCUGACCUGACCCGGAUCCCCAACCAGCUCUUAUCCUAUGUGGUGUCGGAAGGCUUUGGGUGCAUACUAGGGACAUGCUAAAACUGCACCCAAUUCGGAUUUGGUAUUGAAUUUUCCAUCGAUUUGCUUAUUCUCCAUUGCUGAGAAAUGGAUUUCAAUGUAGAGAAUUUUCAUGGCUAUUUUUGAAAACAGACUCUGAAACAUCAAUUGUAAGGAUGAUGAUUUCUUGAUAUUUCCUUUUAAAAUAUUGGUACUGUCUUCAAAAUAUUGCUCUUUUUAAAGGAAAUAGCUAAUUUCCUUCAAAAUAUCGGUAUUCCCUUUACAAAGAGCAAUAUUAAUAUCAAGAUUCUUUUUCAAGUGGAAAAAAACACACAUCUGUAAAAGCAGCAGCUAGCGGACUCAAAUCGAUGCCAGCCUGUUAAGAUGACAGAAUGCUUUUGUACCGGCACCAGCCAACGGAUCCCAUCCCUAGUUCAUACUGAUAUAACUCAUAUUUUCUCAGCGAUCUUUCUCAGUUGCAGAGAGCAAGUGGCAAGAAUCUCAAGGCAGGUUGGCUGUCCAGAGAAGCCACUAUUUGAAGAGCUGCAUCGCAUACAUCUACCACUUCCUAACAUGUUGGAGCCUUUUUCUGGGAGACAAAAGUAUGGAAGCACCACAAUCAGGUACCCGGUAUGGACAUAAGGUCUGCUGGUGGUAUAGGAAUAUUGUUAUGAGCUGUCCAGGGAUGAUGCUCUCCAGCUGUUUUUGGACUCCAACUCCCAUCAAUCUCAGCCAGCAUGGUCAAUGGCAAAGCAUGAUGGGAGUUGGAGUCCAGCAGCCUCUAGAAGGUGACAGGUUCCCCAACCCAGCUUUAAACAUAUAAGCAAGAUUCAGAACAGCUGCACAGUGCAAUAAGCAUCGUGCAGUUUGUGCUGAACGGGCAAUGAGCACAAUAUUCUCUGUGGAUCGGGAUGAGGGAGCAAUUUGGCUCACUUCAUAUUGAAAGCCAAAUUUAUUAAAAGAGCACUUACCCGAAUUUUGCGAUGCAGCUCUCAAACCAGGCAAUGUUUACAAAAAUGCCUAUAGAUUAGGAGAAUGAGUAUAUUGGUGAGAAGAACGUUCAAAAAAUGCAUUAUAUUAAAAGAAAUUGCUUGCAAAAAAAUGUGUACGUGAGUCUAAACUGCAUACAAUAAUGUAUUUAUUAGGAGAAAUCCUCACUAAAAGGUUGAAGAAUUUUAAUGAGGGUUUGAAAACAAGAAAUCGCAGAUUGCUGCAGAAAUGUGGGGAACCUAAUUUAAGAAAGAUGAGAGAAGUGAAACCGACAGAUUGUUCCAUCCCUAGUCGAAAUAGACAGACUGCUGCCUCUCCCCUCUGGAGCAAUGAAAUUGCGUGUUCUUUGAAGGCAGGACCAGGGCCAGAGCCAGUGAGGGGAGGGAGCACCGCUAAAUGAGGGAGACAUACUGAGGCUAGAUGAUCAAGACCAGCCUUCCUCAACCUGGUGCCUUCCAGGUGCUUUGGACUACAACUCCCAUCAGCCCCCCCAGCACGGCCAUGCAGGCUGAUGGGAGCUGUAGUCCAAAACAUCUGGAGACCCCACCACAUGACCGAGGCUCACAGUACCAUUGAGAGGGUUCUUUUCCCCCCCUUACAUAACAGACCUUUUCAAGUGUAGGGUUUUUUCUUAACUUGAUUUCCCAACACUUGGCAACCACAAAAGUAGAAACCUGUUGCCUGGAUCCACCUAUUUCCCAGAGUACAGUUCUAGCAGGAGAGGGGACUCUGUGACUUUCCAGCUGUUGUUGAACUUCCCCUCCCAUCAUCCCUAGGAUGACAGCUGUGUGGGACUGAUGGACAUGGAAGCCCCACGGUCUCUGGAGGGCCACAGGUUCCCCACCUCUGGGUUAUUGGGGUGGAGGAGGGUUGAGUUUUAACACCCCAAAAUGGAACAGGUUAUUGUUUCUGUAUCUCCAAGCAUGGCUAGCUCUGGCUUGAGCUCCUGAGUGGAGCAAAAGUAGCCAUGUCAAUAGCAUGGCCAGUGGAGGUCCCUGCUCGGAGAUCCCAAAGGGCUUGGAAAUUUCUUUUGUCUUUUUCUGUCUCUGUUCAUGCUCAGCAUGUGUUGAUGUCUUGACAGAUUUAUGCAGUAAAUGUGGAAUCUAAA